GAUUGAGGAGGAGUAUUAGGGAUAUAAAUAUGAUAUCUUCACAUUAGAGGAUUAUGUUUUAAUUAUGUAUGUGUAUAUAUAUAUAUAUAUAUAUAUAUAUCAUAUGUCUGCCCAAUAUGGGUAAGGCUUCUCAUUCAUAGACACACAAAGUUUCUAGGAUUAGUGGGGAAAUUAAAGACCAGACGCUUAGGGAAACCUUGCUCUAAGGAAUAGCAUGGAUGAGAGAAACACUGCGAGUGGUCCGUCGUUGUAAGAGGCCGCUGAGGAAGCAUGUCUGGCAAAUCUCGUGUGGUAGUCAUACAAGAUUUUCGCAUCUCAAGUAUGUGUACGACGGCUUGUUACAUGUGGUUGACAUGUGGCAAGAGCGUGGACCCACCGGAAAGCUCAUAUACAAAUUCAAACUGGUUAGGAUAUUGUCCGGGGGAUGCCCAUCGUCAUCGAGAUACACCCCAGCCAAUAAUUAUGACAACACUUCAGAUAUCAGUGCAUUAAUGAUUGUUCCUCCAGGCCGCAAGGAGAUUGUCUGUGCUCAAGACAUAUCGGGUGGGAGGGAGAAGCUGCCGAUUCGUGCAGUCAACUCGGUAGAUAUAGAGGAACCUCCCAGUUUCAACUAUAUAGUUGAAAUGAUCUACCCUGCAGCAGAGCAAAGCAAGUUUGGCUCGAGGUGUUGUGAUUGCAUUGGUGGUGGUGGAUGUGAGAAUGGGAGGAACUCGUGUUCUAGCAGCGGCAAUGGUGGAGGAUGGGAUAUCGUGUUUAAUCCUGGAGGGUGCAUUCAGAGAGCAAGUUUGGAUGCGGCCCUUUGUGUAAGUGCUCCUCGGAUUGCCAUAAUAGAGAGUUGCAGCAAGCUAGAAGUAGAAGAAUUCACGAUUGACGCGAAAGAGUGUGGGAAUAUUGCGAGGUUCAUCAACCACAGUUGCACUCCGGAUCUCUACCCGCAGAAAGUCCUCCAUGAUCACGGCGAUAUUAAGAUGGCUCACAUAAUGCUUUUUGCCAUCGAAGACAUAAUGCGCUGCAAGAGCUAACUAUUGAACUAUAACUGUAAGAUCGGUCAAGGGCGUCCCUCAAAUGGCAACUUGACGAGGAAGAAUUGUUAUUGCGGUUCCCCUGGUCGUGUUGGUAGGAUGUACCGUUGAGACUUGAGAGAGAGAGAGAGAGAGAGAGAGUUCAUUUCAAUGCAUUUUACUUUUUAGCCUAACAAUUAAUUAGCAAAGCAAAAUCGUGCUCGAUAUUUGGCCGCAAUUAAUCUAUUUUCUUGUUCAUAUUGUACUUAGUACAAAUUUUCACGUUCUUUGAGCUCUAUUUAUAUUAGAGUAUAACCUGCAUUACGCUCAGAAGUAAAAGUAAAUUUAGAUUUAAAAUUAAACUCGCCCUCUAAGUGGGACUUGCAUAAUGAAACUAUAUCGGUAAUUUGGAUUUGUUAACUAUCAUACUUUCCUGAUAUGAAAAUAAGCUUGCGGUGUAUAGUUUCUAGUUUUAAAACUAGCAUCAAGGCGAUUGAUUGACCCUGCAACUCAGAACGUAUAAAAGAGCUCAUACA